GCUGCCUUUUAUGGUAAAACAGUGGAGGGGGAUUUGGUGUAGAAGUGAAGCCCGGACUGGACGAGGGCUCAGUCAGACACACUCACAACAGAAUAGAAGUGCUGAGGAGCAGGGAGAGAGCGUGUGCGGGACACUGGGGACGCUUGAGACGGCAGCACACAGCAUCACCGGGCUCAUGGGAACAAUACUCAGAGAGGCUUAACACGUCAAGGACUCAGACAGACCAGACUGAAGGGCAGAAGUGAAGAUGACAGAGCGUUAUGACUGCCACUACUGCAAGGAGUCUCUGUUUGGGAAGAAGUAUGUUCUUCGCGAGGAAAACCCUUACUGUGUGAAGUGCUAUGAGAGCCUGUACUCCAACACCUGCGAGGAGUGCAAGAAAGCCAUCGGCUGCAACAGCAGGGAUCUGUCCUACAAGGACCGUCACUGGCAUGAGGACUGUUUCCACUGCUUCCAGUGCAAGCGCUCACUGGUGGACAAGCCUUUCUCCACCAAAGACGAGCAGCUGCUGUGCACCGAGUGCUAUUCUAAUGAGUACUCCUCCAAAUGCCAUGAGUGCAAGAAGACCAUCAUGCCUGGCUCCAGGAAAAUGGAGCAUAAAGGAAACAGCUGGCAUGAGACCUGCUUUACUUGCCAGCGCUGCCAGCAGCCGAUCGGCACCAAGAGCUUCAUCCCCAAAGACAACCAGAACUAUUGCGUGCCCUGCUACGAAAAGCAGUUUGCCAUGCAGUGUGUUCACUGCAAGAAGCCCAUUACCACUGGCGGUGUGACGUACCAUGAGCAGCCGUGGCAUAAGGACUGUUUCCUGUGCACCGGCUGUAAGCAGCAGCUCUCUGGCCAGCGAUUCACCUCUCGUGAUGACUUUGCCUACUGCCUUAACUGCUUCUGCAACUUGUACGCCAAGAAAUGUGCUUCCUGCACCACCCCCAUCAGUGGACUCGGAGGAAGCAAGUACAUCUCCUUUGAGGAGCGCCAGUGGCACAACGACUGUUUCAACUGCAAGAAGUGCUCCGUGUCUCUGGUGGGCAGAGGGUUCCUCACUGAGAGAGACGACAUCCUGUGUCCCGAAUGUGGAAAAGACAUGUGAAAGCGUGCAAGGAAAAA